AGCCCGUCAGUCGCUUCGAGGCUGCCGCCGAGAGAGGUUCGUCGCUGGUGCCGCUCCGCAACAGCGCGUCGACGUGAUUCUGCUUCAAUCCCCGAGUCGUCCACAGCAGGAAAGUCGAAUCGUCAGCAGCCUCGGCGUUAAUACAGCUAUAGAUCGUUGUCGCCUUCGAGCGCCAGCGUUGGUUCCGUAUCGAGUGUGCAGUGGUGCGGUACAUAACCUCACUUUUUCUCUCUUGCUCUCCACUCGAUCGUUCUCGGAGAGAGAGAGAGAGAGAGAGAGAGAGAGAGAGUGCCAGCGCGCAAAGUGGUGUGUCGUCGGUGCAGCCGAGCGCACUCGCUUGGCUUCGUGUGAGCGGUGUCACGAGUUCUCCCGCGCGCUUUCGGCGUCGCCCCGGAGAAGCUUCGAUAUCGGCUUUAUCGACUCCACGCCGCCGAGUGCCGAUCCCCAGCGGUGAACCAUCCGAUUCGCUGCAGCAGCCGAGCGAAGGACAAGGAUAGCGUCUGCACAAUAUCGCGCGCGCUCUCUCGCACCUCGUGCUCCACUCCUCCGACUCGUCGGUAACGUCGGGCACCUGUGUUAUCGGCCGAGCGCUCUGCCGUCUGUCUGUCUCUCUCCUGCCGAAGAGGAGACGCGCGCCGCGUCUCUCUGCAUCGGCUUUCGCUUUCCAUCGCUCGAGUGUGUCCGCCGACAAUUUGUGCCGAGUUAGUUCGUUCUUCCUAGCCGUGCCGAGACAAGCUCGGAGUCGGGCUGCGCACAGUGUAAAACAGUCCGGUGUGAAAAGUGAAGUACGACAGCACGCUAGCAAAGCAAGCCCAUCGAGAGGUGCUGUGACAGUCGAUUGAGACUCGACUGUGGCUCGUGCGCGUGGGCAUUGAAUUCGGAUGGCGUUCCAACGCGGCAGGAAAAAGUCGCCCAAGAAGUGCCGCUGCGGCUGGAGUCUUGUGGCGCAGCAGCUCCGCUCCCUCGAGGCUGUCUAAGUCGAAACUGACGUUUCUUCGUUCGAGAGUGCGUGGCCACUGCUUAUUCCGUAUACCGGGAAAACAACAGCGCCUUUCAGCCGUCGGAUCGUCGUCGUUAUCAGUGGUGCGGAUUUAUUCUGGCGUAUAUAGCAAAUAUAUACGUGCGUCGAGUGUAGCGAAGUGAACAAGAGUGAACACGUAAAGAGUGAAAUAUUAUGAACGUCGGCGUGAUUGAUAAUAAUUGACGCCGCCGACGAGACUGUUGUGCUGGGUUCUGAAUCCUAAGCGUUAGCAGCGAGAGCAGGACUGUGUAUUUCCCUUCUAGCAAGAAGUCGGGAGGAGGAGGAGCGGCCCGAGAGUGCCGGCGUAAGAAGAGAAAAGCGAGGAGUAACAGCGAGGAGGAGGAGGAGAGAACGACUGGGAAAAUGUACCCGAGCGCCGGAAUCAAUGCGGCCGCCGUGGCGGCGGCUGCAGCUGCCAGGCAUCCGGGUCCACCGCAGCCCGGGCAGCAGUUCAAAUUCACAAUACCCGAGUCCUGCGAUCGAAUCAAAGAGGAAUUCAAUUUCCUCCAGGCACAGUACCACAGUAUUAAGUUGGAGCUGGAAAAGCUUGCCCAGGAGAAAUCGGAGAUGCAGCGCCACUACGUAAUGUAUUACGAGAUGUCAUACGGCCUCAACGUCGAGAUGCACAAACAGACGGAAAUAGCGAAGAGGCUGAACGCCAUCAUCGCGCAGAUCCUGCCGUUUCUCUCGCAGGAGCAUCAGCAGCAAGUCGCGACGGCCGUCGACAGGGCGAAGCAAGUCACCAUGACCGAGCUCAACGCAAUCAUUGGACAACAAAGGCCAGAUCUGCCUAGGCUAUUGCAACAAAUGCACGCACAACAGCUUCCACCUGGUGCAGCAAUGGGAGCACACCCGGGACUACCGGGUCUGCCUGGCCUUGGCCCAGGAGCUGGCCUGCCUGUUCCAACCUCUGCGUCGGCGGCACUGUUGGGCCUGGGUCUGCCUCCGGGUGCCGCUGCGGCACCAGCCGGCUCGGCUCACCCGCUCAACAUGCUCGCCAAACCCGAGCUACACAGAGGUCAACCCGAUGAUCUCAAAUCUAACGGUGGUUUGAAUCCAUCGGAGGAGAGGCAUGUGGAAUCGCUGAGUUGGGUUGAGCGUAUAAAAAAGAUUGCGAGGAGCUCAAUAUCGCCGGCUGAGCGAGAGAAAUAUAGCAGGCCGCGAAGCACCCCCGACUCGCAGCACCACGAGCACAACAUUCACCUCAAGAAGAUGAAGAAGGAGCAGGACAAGGAUAUCAGUCACGAUAAUUUUUUUGACCAAGCAAACACGUCAUAUUCUGACCCUAUCCCAUCAACGUCUCAGUCUAUCGAUCUUCAAAAUUUCUACGAUUCUUGUCAAGAUUAUCAGAGCGACGGCGAAAAGAGCGACCAGGAUCUCGUGGUAGACGACGCCAGCGAGGACGGUCGACCAGGUAGCCCAGCGGCCAACGGUACUUCGUCACCCCGCGAGAACGGCCUCGACAAGAUGGGCCCGUCCUCGGUGCCACUAGGUGGUCAGGUCAAGAAAGAGGCUCCACCACCGUCGCCCAGAUCUGGAACCAGUAGCAACGCGAGCACCCCCUCCGCCAAGAAGAUGGAGGAGCGCGAGAAGCCCACUACGCCGAUCUCCAAGCCCGUGACGCCCACGUCUGCAGGUGAGCUUUAUUAUGGAGGAAGCAGUUCAGGCUCCGGUGGUCUGAAGUCCUCGAGCUCCAGCAAGCCACUGGUCUCAGCCUCGCCCAUCGGCCCAUAUCCGCCGCAUUAUCCGCCGCCGCAUCAUCCGCCCGCGGGACCGCACGUCGACAUGCUCGGCUACCCGCCUGGCGCCCUCAACGGUUAUCCCGGUGCUCGGCCACCGCUACAGCAGCUCUACGAUCAUCACAGCAACAUGAGGGCGCCGCUCGGUCCCCUAGCCGUUCCAGGUGUUCCAGGCGGCAAACCAGCGUACAGUUUCCACGUUUCGAGCGAGGGUCAAAUGCAGCCGGUGCCCUUUCCGCCGGAUGCCCUGAUCGGGCCAGGGAUUCCACGACAUGCUCGACAAAUCAAUACCUUAACCCACGGCGAAGUUGUCUGCGCCGUCACGAUCUCCAACCCAACAAAGUACGUGUACACAGGUGGCAAAGGCUGCGUCAAAGUCUGGGACAUAAGCCAGGGUGGCAGCUCCAGUGCCAAGCCAGUCUCGCAGCUUGACUGUCUGCAGCGGGACAACUACAUCAGAUCGGUCAAACUCCUACCGGACGGAAGGACACUGAUCGUCGGUGGCGAAGCCAGCAACCUCAGCAUCUGGGAUCUCGCAAGUCCGACGCCGCGAAUCAAGGCGGAAUUAACAUCCUCUGCGCCAGCCUGCUAUGCUCUGGCGAUAUCUCCAGACUCGAAGGUCUGCUUCAGUUGCUGCAGCGACGGCAACAUCGCCGUCUGGGAUCUGCAGAAUCAAACCCUCGUCAGACAGUUCCAGGGCCACACCGACGGUGCGUCCUGUAUCGACAUCUCAGCCGACGGCACAAAACUGUGGACCGGUGGUCUCGACAACACGGUCAGGUCGUGGGAUCUGAGGGAGGGCAGACAACUCCAGCAGCACGACUUCUCGUCGCAGAUCUUCUCGCUGGGCUACUGUCCGACCGGAGAAUGGUUGGCUGUGGGUAUGGAGAACUCCAACGUCGAGGUACUGCACGCCACGAAGCCCGACAAGUAUCAACUGCACCUGCACGAGUCCUGCGUAUUGUCGCUGAGAUUCGCCUCGUGUGGCAAGUGGUUCGUCUCCACAGGCAAGGACAACCUGCUCAACGCCUGGCGCACGCCUUACGGAGCCUCGAUAUUCCAGUCCAAGGAAUCGUCUUCGGUGUUGAGCUGCGAUAUUUCAACAGACGAUAAAUACAUCGUGACAGGAUCAGGUGACAAGAAGGCCACCGUCUACGAAGUGAUAUAUUGAAGCGCUACAGCGACUGUUAAUAUAUAAAUAAAAAUUAGAAGUCUAAGCUUGUUAAGAUAUUUAUGAAAAAGCACUGUAUCCAGAUGUAUCUCACGUAUGGACGAUAGGAGCCUCUCGACGUCGUGAGAGCGUAGUGCAUAUUUUACAGUAAAAGAUCGAGAAAAUGUUCAAUGAAAAAAAAAGUAUGAAAACAAAAUAAUACUGAGCCGUGCGCAAAAAUCAACGGUGCUAAAGUGAAGAUAAGAAAGCUAGAGAACUGAUACGAGGAUGCCAUGAUUAAUAAUUAAUAAAUGAAGUUCGAUGAGAAUUGAGAACGAGAAUACUAGUUCGAGUCGAAUAGUUUUAAAAAUUUUUGACAUUCACUAUUUUUCAACCAUUUGGACAUUAGCUCACUUUGAUUUGAUUGAAACAUACAAUAAUAACGGCAUCGACCAAAUUCUUGUAAAGUUGCUCCGUCAUUACGACGAUUCAAAGGCAGCUAAUGUUUCUUUACAUAGAGUUAUAUAUUACAACAUUUGAGAAAAAAUCUAUAUGGAUUUCGAAAUCACAAGCAGUUAUUUAAUAUUGUAUAAAAAUAAAAACAAACUUAUGUAUUUGUAAGUAGAUCGCGCGCUAAGAAGUGAGAGAUGUAUUUGCGAGAACGGUUUCGCCGGCACCUUUGGUCGCGUGAUUACCAAAUUUGUAAAAUAGAAUUUAUUAAUUUUUAGGUGCGAAUGUUGAUGUGAAUGCCUGCGUGUAUCACGUUAUAUAUGCGAUUGUAUAUUAAGAUGAUGGAGAUACUGACAUUGCUUAUGUUCAUAUGCCCAGGGUUACAAGGAAAGCGAAUUACAAGAUACAAGAAGUGUGCGAAACGCAGAAUGAAAAUCUGCCUACUUAGAUACAGGUUGAGUCGCUUCUAAAUUAUUCGUGUACCCUCGUGAUUGAUAAUGUGCUAGGGGUAAUUAUAAAAUACAAGUUUUAAGGCGAAUAGCAAGAGGGAACGUGAAAGUAAUCUUAAGUAAGUGCAUAUUGCUACGAAAUCCAUACAAUUUCUUACGUAAUGAAUAAAAAAAAAAAAGAAAAAACAUGAUUAAAAUGACAAAUUUAGGACGCUGCAUUGCUGAUCUAAUGUCAGCAGAAUGCGCAGAAAGACACAUACGAGAUGACGGUAUCGAUGGUAUACUUAAAAGAUGAUAACAAAUAAAAAUCAUGUAACGCCACUCACUACGAGAUAUUCGACGAGAUAUUUUUGUGACUGUCAUUGUAAAAUGGUUCGUUCGAGGGAAGACAAGGCCAAAAUAUGGGUAUUGAGUCGAUUACCCAACAAUUUUGCAUUUUUAUCGAGAAUAUGUGCUUCUUUGGAUUUUUGUUCUUAAAGUAAACACAAGUAUGUUGAUAAAUGACGUUUCUCACAGCUGCCUGAUUAUUUGACUAGUGUCGUUCGGUAAAAAUGUGAAAUCCCCAUGAAAUAUGAAAAUGAGAAAUCCUUGAAGUGCCUCGAACGGAGCCAAGGGCCUCUUAUAAAAAGGUAUUUAGAUAGCGCAAUAUUGUUCGAAGCCAGCUGUGAGUCAGAUGCAGAUACGGAUAUUUAUAUUUUGUUAUAGGAAGACAACACAAAUGAUUACACUGCCGUGAUCGUGCAAAGUCGCUCCGAAGUUUGUUCUUUACCCGCAGAAGGCAUAAAUAGGUUUUAAGUACACACAGAAAAGAGCUUAGUGCCGCGAGACUUUAUAAAAUAAUAUAAGGAUUAAAGAAAAUACGAGAGCCGACAUUGGACGAUCACGGCUCCGAUAAAUAGACCAAUAGAAACAACUAUACCUCAACAAGACUCAAUAGAUUAUUACCGCUAAUGAAACAACUGUACAAAUCAAUAUUCUUUUACAGUAUAAAACAGGAAAAAAAUAAAAACGAACAUUACAAAUCAUAAUGCAAAAGAUCCGUGAUUCGAUGAGAAAUUAUAUUACUUGUAGACUCACUUUUAAUCCGCAUCUUUUUAAUUGUCACACCACGAGCUCGCGUUUUUUCGUAUAUUAGGCUGGCGUAUCAUCGUUUUAAUUAGCGUCUUGAGAUCGCUCGUUCUAAUGAACAUUUUCACCGAGGGCGCUCAAUAUUUUUUUCUGUGAAAGAAGAAAUGACGUAAUCAUUUUUCAAGCACACAGUCCAUGUUGUUCCUAUAGCUACGCGGAAAUUGUUUCUUUUGGCAAUUAAAUUGUGUACAUGUACGUAUGCAUAGAUGUGUCGGCUUACAUAUUUAUGUAUAUGUGUAUGUAUGAUCAUAUAUAUAAAUAUAUAUAAAAUUUU